CUAUCUUAUGAACUAUUCAAUAUUUCUAAGUUAAACAGUUCAUAGUUUGAAUUUUGUUAUCUUGGCUCAGAAAUUUUGAAGGCUUCUAUAAACAAAGAAGAAGAAGUGUUAUUUUUUGGAUCACAUUCAAAUAUCACGGAGUAAUAGGCUUCUAUAAACAAAGAAGAAGAGGUGCUAUUUCUUAGAUCACAUUCAAAUAUCAUCCAGUGACAGCGAGUAACAAGAAAAAAGUGAGAUUUGAGAUAUGGCAGAGGGUGCAGUGAACUCUGUAAUACAAACCUUGAGUUCUUUGCUCGUCCAAGAAAUCAAGUUGUUGGGAAAUGCAAAAAAAGGAGUUGAAGACAUCAAGCGUGAAUUGGAGAGCAUCAGAUCUUUCCUCAAGGAUGCUGAUACAAGAGCUGCACAAGAAGAAGAAGAAGAAGGGAGCAGUGAAGGUGUCAAAACUUGGGUGAAACAAUUGAGGGAAGAAGCUUUCCAGAUUGAAGAUGCCAUUGACGAGUAUACAAUGAAGGCGGCGAGACUUCCUCAUGGCAAAGGUCUCGUUGGUUACAUUCAUAAAGCGCGCUACUUCAUAAAGAUUCUAAAACUGAAACAUGAAAUCGCCACUGAGAUUAAAGAUAUCAAGCUAUCACUUGCUGAUGUACAGAGAAGAGCGGAAGAUUAUAACUUCAAGCACAUAGAUCAAGGAGAUGUUCUACCACAUGACUCUCGAGUUGGUUCCUUUUUAAUCCCAGGCACUGAAGUUGUGGGCAUCGAAUCUACUAUAGAUCAAUUGAUUGGUUUCUUGGUAAGCGGAACAUCCAAUCGUUCAGUGGUUGCAGUUGUGGGCGAAGGAGGACUUGGCAAGACCACUCUUGCCGGGAAAAUUUAUAAGAAUGAUACCAUGAAGAAGCAUUUCGAUUGCCAAGCUUGGAUCACUGUUGGGAAAGAAUACACCAAAAUGGAUAUACUAAGGAAAACUAUACGAGAAUUUGAGCGUGUGACAGGGUCUUCUCAUGGAGAGAUGGACAAAAUGGAAGAGAAAGAUCUGCUCGCCACACUUGAGAGACAAUUAAAGGACAAGUGUUACAUGGUUGUGUUCGAUGACGUGUGGAAAACUGAUUUUUGGGGAUAUAUAGAGUAUGCUUUAAUUGAGAACAACAAAAGCAGCAGGAUUAUUCUCACAACUAGAAACAAGAGAAUUGCUGAUCUGAUUCCUUUUGUUCAUGUCCAUAGGCUACAACCCUUGCCUUCAGAUAAGGCGUUUGAACUUUUCUGUAUAAAGGCUUUUGGUCCUCACGAGUGUUGCCCCCCCGAGUUGGAGAAACUAUCUCGUGACAUCCUUGGGAAAUGCGGAGGUUUACCGCUAGCAAUUGUUGCCGUAAGUGGCCUUCUCUCAAACAAGAACAAGGAUGCUUUUGAAUGGAAAAAGUUACUUGAUGAUUUGGGGUCACAGUUGGGAAGCGAUUUUCAUCUAAAAGAUUGCAACAAAGUUUUAUUAGAAGGUUAUUAUGGUCUACCUCACCAUCUCAAAUCUUGUCUCUUGUAUUUUGGUAUUUUUCCAGAAAGCUACUCAGUCAAUUGUGCAAGAUUGAUUCGCCUAUGGAUUGCUGAGGGCUUUGUCCCUUAUUCCAAACGUCGCACAUCUGAACAAGUUGCUGAAGAAUUCUUGAUUGAUCUCAUUAACAGAAGCUUGGUUCAAGUGGUGGAGAUGGAUUUCAUUGGAAGACCUAGAUACUGUCGAGUCCAUGAUUUGAUGCAUGAGAUUAUCAUUAGAAAGACCGAAUAUUUGAGCUUCUCUCAUGUUUUGAAUAGAGAACACUCAAAUCUCCCUAACAAAAUUCGGCGCAUUUCAAUACCAGGAAGUACUGAUAGUGUUCUUGAGAGCAUCAAGGAUUCAAAGAUACGUUCUGUUUUGCUUUUCAAUGUUGAAAGGAUGACUAACUCCUUCAUGACUACACUUGUUGUGGAUUUCAAACUUAUAAAAGUACUUGAUUUUGAAGAUAGUCCAAUAGAGUAUCUUCCUGAAGGAGUGGGAAACCUUUUCCAUUUGCACUACUUAAGUGUGAAAAAUACAAAAGUAAAUGUACUUCCCAAGUCCAUUGGUAAGCUUCCUAACUUAGAGACCUUGAAUUUGAAGCGUUCUCUUGUCACUGAGCUUCUUAUUGAGAUCAAGAAUCUUAAGAAGUUGCGUUAUUUAAUGAUGUACCGUUGGGAAGGUAGUGAUCGUUACGAAAUGGUAAAAAUGCCUUUGGGGUUUGGCUCUUUAUUGGAUCUACAGAAGCUAGGUUAUGUGGAUGCUAACUUCGAAGUACUCAAAGAGCUUAGGAAGCUAAGGCAUCUGAGAAAGUUAGGAAUUAGGGUGACGAAUGGAAAUGCGAAGGAUCUGUGUGCUUGCAUUGCCAAUAUGGAAAAACUUGAAUCUCUGUAUCUUAAGUUGGCAAGUGGAGAAGAAAUUCUUGAUAGAGAAUUCAUGGCUUCCCCUCCUCAUUGUCUCCAACGCCUCUACCUAAAAGGAAAUAUGAAGAAGCUGCCAGACUGGGUAUUUAAACUGGAAUGUAUAAUCAGAAUUAGUUUGAAUUUGUUGGGGUUAAGUGAUUAUCCCAUAAGAGUCCUUCAAGCCCUGCCUAAUUUAUUGGAGCUUAGGCUAUCGAACACAUGCCAUGAUAAGCAAUUACAUUUCAAAGAAGAUUGGUUUCCAAAACUAAAAAUUUUGAAACUCUUCAGCUUAGAAGGAGUGGAACGGAUGAUGAUAGACAAAGGUGCAAUGCCUAACCUUGAAGAAUUACUUAUUGGACAAUGCCCUCGAUUGAAAGAGAUUCCAACUGAAAUUGAACAUCUAAGAAACCUAAAGACUCUUGUGUUUUUUCUUAUGUUGAAAGAAACUUAUUAUAUGACAAAAGACGAGAAGUGGAAUAAAGUCACCCAACAUAUACCACAAGUCCGUGUCAUUUUCAAAAAGGAAGGAAAUUUUUUUUAUGAAACUACUAAGUAUCUCUCGUCUCUCUCACCUGUUGCUUUUGAGCAAUUUAUUGAAGAAGUGGAGCGAAGUAACUAGUUCUCUCAUCUGUGAACAACAGAUGAUGUACCUUGGAUUUUGAGAACAUCAUGAUUAAAUCGUUGUCCACAUGAAUAAACCAGGUAAUUCCAAGAUUUUAUGUACUUGUUUCUUGUGAAUGGUGUAGUAUUGGUGGCGACAUCUUGCAAUGUGUGAUUGUUGUAUUGUCCGGGGAAUGGUAGUAAAGAUGAAGUAUUACUUGCAGUUGUUCAUCAACUUCCUUGUGUAAUAUGUAAAAUACAUUUGAUUUGGUCAUGUAAUUCUAAUGGUUUGUUUAAUUUCCUAUCUUGGGACUUUUCUCUUUCAAUGGAAUUUUAUUGGUAGCUACUUCCAUUUGAAGUUCAAGAAAGUAUGUCACCUCUGCCAAUAAUAAACAACAUUCUUGAUUUACCAUGUUCUUUA